AUGCUGCGCCUAGUGUCCACAGACGAAGUCGCCAGCCACGAUUCCCCUGAUGACUGCUGGCUGGUUAUCGACGACCAAGUCUGGGAUGUUUCUGCUUUUGCACCAGAUCACCCUGGUGGUGUCGAGAUUAUUCUCCGAUAUGCUGGUCACGAUGCCACGGCCGCUUACAAUGAAGUUCACGAGCCAGCUACAAUUAAGACACUCCCUACCACCCAGCUGAUCGGCCAACUCGACCCGUCCUCGGUCAACGAAACGUGGAAAAACAAAUUUAGCCCCCAAACGCAGCGACAAACGCAGAAGCCGCCACUAAAUACCAUACUCAGCACCCACGACUUUGAGGAUGCAGCCCGAGGGUCUUUAUCGAAAAAAGCCUGGGCGUUCUACUCCAGCGCUGCCACCGACUUGAUUGCCCACAACAGCAACCAGUCAUUCUACAGACGUAUUUGGAUGCGACCGCGGCUCCUCCGUAAUGUUUCAACAAUAAAUACCCAGACCAGCGUCCUGGGAGCCAGUUUCGGAUUACCUGUGGUGGCUGCGCCCGUUGCCUUGGCCCGGCUGGCACAUCCUGACGGGGAGAAGGGUAUUGCGCGCGCUUGUGCACAGAAAAUGAUCGGAUAUUGCAUUCCUAUCACUGCGUCCUUCCCUGGCGAAGAAAUUAUCGCGUCUGUUCCAUCUGACUACCCGUUUUUCUUCCAAUUGUAUGUGAAUAAAGAUCGCGCGUCUUCGGAGGCUAUCCUGCGACGGAUCUGGAAUCUUGGGAUCCGAACCCUCUUCGUGACCAUUGAUAGUCCGGUGCCUGGAAAGCGUGAGGCGGAUGAGCGUGUACGCGCCGAGCAGUCGAUCUCCAUGCCCAUGACAGGCACCAAGGCCAGCCACGACGCGAAAGGUGGUGGGAUUACCCGAACCACGGGGUCUUUCAUUGAUGACACGUUAUCUUGGGAGGAUCUGGCUUGGCUGAGGAUGCAUUGGCAAGGCAGACUGGUGCUCAAAGGCGUCCAGUCUGUCGAAGACGCGCUGAUGGCGGUGGAGUCGAAGAUCGACGGCAUUGUUUUGAGGUCCGCCCCACUCCCCGAAAGUGUAUUGGUAUCGACUGACGGAGCUAGUAACCAUGGUGGGCGAAACCUGGACACUUCGCCUCCUGCCCUUCUAACACUCCUCGAACUGGGACGGCAUUGUCCCCACGUUCUGCGUGAGACGGAGGUAUUGGUCGAUGGGGGUAUCCGCCGGGGAACCGAUAUCCUGAAAGCGAUCUGUCUGGGAGCACGGGCAGUGCUGAUCGGCAGGCCAGUGAUGUACGCUCUCAACUACGGGCAAGAGGGUGUGCAGCACUUGAUUGAUGUCUUAACCUCUGAGCUGCAAGUGGCCAUGAAGCUAGUCGGCAUCACUGAUCUGGCGCAAGCGCAAAAGGGGCUACUCAACACACAGGACCUAGACCAUUUGGUGGUGCAAGAACUGACUGAGGGUGGAAGCGUGCUGCGCUCGAAAAUCUGA